UUAUCGCUCUGCCCAUGUGGAAACACCUUCCUACACAGGGGGUGUCAGUGAGGAGUUUUGGGAACGCAGUCGGCAGCGGGAAAAGGAGCGUCGGGAGCAAGGUGUCUUUGCCUCCUCUAAGGAGGAGAAGGAACGAAAGAAGGAACGCAGUAAGGAUCGGGAUCAUGACCGCAAACGGGACCGAGAGGAGCGGGACAGAAGUCGUCACAGCAGCAGAUCAGAGAGGGAUGGUUCAUCAGAGCGGAGCAGCAGGAGAAGUGAACCAGAGAGUCCCAGGCAUAGACCCAAAGAUGCGGCCACGCCGUCUCGCUCCGGCUGGGAGGAAGAGGAUAGUGGCUACAGCAGUACUCGCCGCUCACAGUGGGAAUCUCCCUCGCCUACACCUUCUUAUCGGGACUCCGAGCGCAGCCACAGGGCAUCGUCCACGCGAGACACCGAUCGAAGAGAUCGGGACAGGUCUGUGAGGAGCAGGUACUCGGAUAAGACACCGUUGCCCACCCCAUCGUACAAGUAUAAUGAGUGGGCUGAUGACCGGAGGCACCUGGGGGCCACACCACGGCUGUCCAGAGGGAAAGGGCGGCGUGAGGACGGGGAGGAGGGAAUUGCCUUUGAGACAGAGGAGGAGCGGCAGCAGUGGGAGGAUGACCAGCGGCAAGCUGACCGGGACUGGUACAUGAUGGAUGAGGGCUAUGAUGAGUUCCACAAUCCCUUGGCCUACUCCUCCGAGGAGUACGUGAAGAAGCGGGAGCAGCACUUGCACAAGCAGAGGCAGAAGCGCAUCUCUGCGCAGCGGCGGCAGAUCAACGAGGAUAACGAACGCUGGGAGACAAAUCGCAUGCUGACCAGUGGCGUGGUUCACCGUAUCGAAGUGGAUGAAGACUUUGAGGAGGAUAACUCGGCCAAAGUGCAUCUGCUGGUGCACAACCUCGUGCCCCCUUUCUUAGAUGGGAGGAUAGUCUUCACCAAGCAGCCAGAGCCAGUCAUUCCUGUCAAGGAUGCCACUUCGGAUUUGGCCAUCAUUGCUCGGAAAGGCAGCCAGCUGGUGCGCAAGCACAGGGAGCAAAAGGAGCGUAAAAGGGCUCAACAUAAACAUUGGGAACUGGCAGGCACAAAACUGGGAGACAUUAUGGGGAUCAAGAAGGAAGAGGAGAAGGAUGAAACAGUGACGGAAGAUGGCAAAGUGGAUUACAGGACUGAGCAGAAGUUUGCUGAACACAUGAAAGAAAAAAGUGAAGCAAGCAGUGAGUUUGCCAAGAAGAAAUCGAUCCUGGAGCAGAGACAGUAUCUGCCCAUUUUUGCUGUGCAGCAAGAGCUGCUCUCCAUUCUCAGGGACAACAGCAUCGUGAUUGUGGUUGGCGAGACGGGGAGUGGGAAGACAACUCAGCUGACGCAGUACCUCCACGAGGAUGGCUACACGGACUAUGGCAUGAUUGGCUGCACCCAGCCCCGCAGGGUUGCAGCUAUGUCGGUCGCCAAGCGGGUCAGCGAAGAGAUGGGAGUGCGUCUGGGAGAGGAGGUGGGCUAUGCCAUCCGCUUUGAAGACUGCACGUCGGAGAACACACUGAUCAAAUACAUGACGGAUGGGAUUCUUCUUCGUGAGUCGCUGCGAGAGGCCGACCUGGACCACUACAGUGCUAUCAUCAUGGACGAGGCACAUGAACGCUCGCUCAACACUGAUGUGCUCUUUGGCCUCCUUCGGGAGGUCGUGGCCCGGCGCUCAGAUCUGAAGCUUGUUGUCACCUCGGCCACCAUGGACGCAGAUAAAUUCGCUUCCUUUUUUGGGAAUGUUCCCAUUUUCCACAUUCCUGGACGUACGUUUCCUGUCGACAUUCUCUUCAGCAAGACCCCGCAAGAGGAUUAUGUGGAGGCGGCAGUGAAACAAGCCCUGCAGGUGCAUCUGUCUGGUGCUCCUGGAGAUAUUCUUGUCUUCAUGCCUGGCCAGGAAGACAUUGAGGUGACCUCAGAGCAAAUUGUGGAGCACCUUGAGGAGCUGGAAAAGGCACCUGCUCUUGCUGUAUUGCCCAUCUAUUCUCAGCUGCCAUCAGACUUGCAGGCCAAGAUUUUCCAGAAGGCUCCAGAUGGGGUCAGGAAGUGCAUUGUUGCCACCAACAUCGCAGAGACCUCACUGACAGUGGAUGGCAUCAUGUUUGUGAUUGAUUCUGGCUACUGCAAGUUGAAGGUUUUCAACCCGCGCAUAGGCAUGGAUGCACUGCAGAUUUACCCCAUCAGUCAGGCCAAUGCCAAUCAGAGGGCAGGUCGAGCUGGCCGUACAGGCCCCGGGCACUGCUUCAGGCUCUACACACAGAGCGCCUACAAGAACGAGCUUCUGACCACCACGGUGCCUGAAAUCCAACGCACCAACCUUGCCAACGUGGUGCUUUUGCUCAAGUCCCUGGGUGUGCAGGACCUGCUGCAGUUCCACUUCAUGGAUCCACCCCCUGAGGACAACAUGCUGAACUCCAUGUACCAGCUGUGGAUCCUGGGGGCACUGGAUAACACAGGUGGUCUGACCUCCACAGGACGUCUUAUGGUGGAGUUCCCACUGGAUCCUGCACUCUCCAAAAUGCUCAUUGUCUCCUGUGAUAUGGGUUGCAGUUCUGAGAUCUUGCUCAUUGUGUCCAUGCUGUCUGUGCCUGCCAUCUUCUAUCGGCCUAAGGUACCUUCUCCCUCCUUCAGCGGUUUGGGGCCUUCCCCUGCCCUGUGCCUGAGCUGUGUUCUUUACUCAUCUCUCAGGGCCGAGAGGAGGAGAGCGACCAGGUGCGGGAGAAAUUUGCUGUCCCGGAGAGUGAUCACUUGACUUACCUGAAUGUUUACCUGCAGUGGAAGAACAACAACUACUCUACACUGUGGUGCAACCAGCACUUCAUCCAUGCCAAGGCCAUG